AUGAACUCGGACGAGUUGAUGCCCGAUUCGGCUGCGGAUGCCAUCCCCGCCAACAACAGCAACGGCAACGGUAACAGCAGCGCUGCAGUUACAUGGAACACCAAGAAGUUCAGGGUCGACUAUGAUAUGAUCCAAAUAAGAUUGACGGAUCAGAGAUUCAGCUCAACCAACUUCAGAGACCCCCUCAUGCCGUGUCCUCCCCAUCACAAGCAGUACCCAGGACAUACCACACCUGCAACGGAGAAGCGUCUGAAGGAGUUGAUAACCAGGAUCAAAGAUGGCUCUGGUGGUGAUUUUUAG